CUGCAGUGUUUUUUUGCAAUAAACAGCUAUUUUAAUUAAAAAAACUCACUAAAUCCGAAAUAAACAUGGAUAUAACAAGAUUACCUAACGAAAAGAAAUUACAACUAUGCAGGUGGUACUUCAAAGUUGGUUGCGUGUUCCUACCGUUCGUGUGGGCGGUCAAUGCGGUGUGGUUCUUCAAGGAAGCUUUCACGAAGCCGCCGUUUGAUGAACAGAAGCAAAUCAAGAGAUAUGUGGUAAUGAGCGGCCUGGGAGCCCUGGCGUGGGCGGUGGGGCUGAUCUCCUGGGCACUCAUCUUCCAGGCGCGGCGGGUCGCGUGGGGUACUACAGGAGAGGCGCUGUCUUUCGUGCUGCCACUGGGCAGGGCUUAGUUCUAAGCUUAUCCUUAAAUUGCCUCAUUCUGUUAAGAGUCCCCGGCACGCUAGGUUCUCCAUACAAACGUAGUUACGCUCUCAUUUUAAAACUAGCUAGAUUGCUCUGAAACUUAGUACUUACAAUAAGAUAAGGUAUAUUUGAGGUAUAUCUAGGUCUGUAAUUAGUUUAUGUAGCUUCACAUACCAUCAUCAUCUUCCUCGCGUUGUCCCGGCAUUUUUGCCACGGCUAAUAGGAGCCUGGGGUCCGCUUGGCAACUAAUCCCAAGAAUUGCCGUAGGCACUAGUUUUAAUGAAAGCGACUGCCAUCUGACCUUCCAACCCAGAGGGGAAACUAGCCCUUGUUGGGAUUAGUCCGGUUUCCUCACGAUGUUUUCCUUCACCGAAAAGCGACUGGUAACACAUGAUAUUUCGUACAUAAGUUCCGAAAAACUCAUUGGUACGAGCCGCGGUUUGAACCCGCGACCUCCGGAUUGCAAGUUGCACACUCUUACCGCUAGGCCACCAGCGCUUCAUGUAGCUUCACAUACCAUAGUAAAAAAAAAACAGUGAAUUUAAGUUUUACAUACAAAACUCGUUUUUGCUCUAUUUCAAUUGUUUUAUAUACUAGAGCUAUAUAAACUAUAUUCAGACCUAGAUGUACCUCAUAUCAUUGUACGUGCAAAGUUUUAUUACAAUUUAACAUGUAGUUUUAAAAUGAGAACGAAACUCCGUUUGUAUGGGAAGGUGAAAUUCGGCCGAGCUUGCCGGGGACUCUUAAGCUGUUCUGUUUGGGAAGUCAAUUGGCCGAUUAACCCUUUUAACGCCACUGAUAUCGUGUUCUAAGCCCUAUAUUUUGCGUGUUUACCAAAUUGUGUGCAGUUUUCAAGCAAGUUGUUGUUGAUUGUCAAUAAGGACCAAUAUUGAUUAAUUAUCGAAAAUAACUUAAAAAAAACAGGCCAAGUGCGAGUCGGACUCGCACACUAAGGGUUCCGUACCACUACGCACAAAACGACAAAAAAGUCACGUUGUAUGAGAGCCCCACUUAAAUAUUUAUUUUAUUCUGUUUUUAGUAUUUGUUGUUAGCGGCAACAGAAAUACAUCAUCUGUGAAAAUUUCAACUGUCUACCUAUCAUGGUUCAUGAGAUACAGCCUGGUGACAGACAGAGUGACAGUGGAGUCUUAGUAAUAGGGGUAGGGUAGUUUUACCCUUUGGGUACGGAAUCAAAAAAACCUUUAACCUAAAAAUAUUACAUACUAUUUUAACCAUACCUAACUAAUAAUAACAUUCCACAAAAUAUAUAUUUUUUUUUUAUGAAAUAGGAGGCAAACGAGCAGACGGAUCACCUGAUGGUAAGCGAUUACCGCCGCCCAUGGACACCCGCAACACCAGAGGGGUUGUAAGUGCGUUGCCGGCCUUUAAGAUGGGAAUACGCUCUUUUCUUGAAGGUUUGAAGGUCAUAUCGGUCCGGAAAUACCGCAGGCGACAGUUCAUUCCACAGUUUAGCUGUGCGAGGCAGGAAGUUUCUAGAGAAACGCACAGUUGAGGAUUAACUCUAUUAACACUAAAAAGGACUAAAAUAUAUUAAAUCUUUAAACACUGUCUGUACUGCUAUAAAAUUAUAAAAAUGUAUUAAAAUACUUAAGCAAACAUGACGCAUAUAGUAUUAAGUUUUUUAUGCAAUAAGGUUGUAAAUACAAAUUAUUUAAUAAACUUAAGUUAUUAAAAGCU